AUGCCGUUUGGUUUGCGCAACGCGGCCCAAUCCUUCCAACGCUUCAUCGAUGACCUCUUGCGGGGUCUCUCAUUCACUUAUGUCUACAUUGACGACAUACUCGUCGCAAGUUCUUCGGCAGAGGAACACGCCUCGCACUUGCGCCAGAUAUUCGACCUUUUCCAGCAACAUGGUCUGCAAUUAAACGUGGACGAAUGUAUCUUUGGCGUCUCUUCUCUAGAGUUCCUUGGUCACCACGUCGACAAGAAUGGAAUCACACCGCUGUUAGAGAAGGUGCAGAGCAUCCCGCCAUUCCCUGUCCCCAAGACUAACUAAACUGCGGCGUUUUAUAGGUCUUCUCAACUAUUACAGACGUUUUAUCCCCUAAUGUGCGGCGACCCUAGCUCCCUUAACUGACCUUCUAAAGUCUAAAGCAAAGCCGAUCGAACUUCCUCCAGCAGCUCACUCAGCCUUUGAGGCAGUUAAGAAAGCUCCUCCUGAUGCCAUUUCGCUUCACCACCUCAGCUCCGAUCCCCACGCAUAGCUGAUCUCGACGCUGUCGGCGCAGUCCUGCAUAAACAGAUGAAUAACCAGUUGCAGCCGUUGGCUUUCUUUUCACAGAAGCUACAACCGGAGCAGACUGGAUACAGUACUUUCUCUCGCGAACUCCUUGCCAUCUACUUGACCAUUCGUCACUGUCGACACCUCUUAGAGGGCAGAGAUUUUACGGUUCACACCGACCACAAACCUCUCACUUACGCCCUCAAGGCCAAGCCAGAUCGGUACUCGCCCAGGGAAGUUCGUCAUCCAGACUAUAUAUCGCAGUUUACUGCAGAUAUCCGCUACUUCCAAGGCAGCGACAAUGUCGUUGCUGAUGCAUUAUCCCGUCCGGACAUCAACACACUUACAUCCGAUUUCGACCUGGCGAAGCUUGCAGACCUCCAAUCAUGCGACAAGUCCAUUGACGACCUGCGUUCUACUACUACUCUGCAACUUCGAGAUGCACCACUUCCCGCAUCACCAGGCACGAUUUUAUGCGACUGGUCCACAGGAACUCCCCGACCUGUUGUUCCACUAUCCUACCGCAAGACAGUGUUUGACCAUUUCCAUUCCCUGUCACAUCCUGGCAUCCGCGCUUCCCGUAAGCUAAUCGCUGCUCGUUUUAUCUGGCCGAAGAUGAACUCUGACAUUGGUCUUUGGACUAGGCAGUGUUUAGCCUGCCAGAAGAAUAAAAUGCACCGCCACACAUUUUCCCCACCAAGAACAUUCGCCGUUCCAGAUGUUCGAUUCCACCACGUCCACUUGGAUUUGGUUUGUCCGCUACCCCCUUCCCGCGGAUACACGCAUAUUCUGACAGCGGUUGACCGUUUCACACGAUGGCCGAUUGCCGUUCCCAUCUCAGAUACCUCGACAGAAAAUAUCGCCAUGGUUUUUCCGACGCAUUGGAUUUCAACUUUCGGUGUUCUAGCCGCCCUUAAUAAUAAUAAUAAUGAUUUUUAUUAAAGACCCGUCGGGAUCCCAUCAAAGCAAGUAAAAAUAAAUUUACAUGCGAAUUUUAGACGAGGUGGGCAAAAUCUGUACAAAGUGCAAUACAUAGUUUUUGAAUUAGAAGUCCGUUACAAAAUGAUAAGCGAGGGGUGAAAAAAACUCCAUAUAAAAAUUUAAAAAUGAUUAGAUUAAUUUUACAGGAGAAAAAAACCCUCGAAAAAACAGACACAGAAAAAUGCGGGCAGGACUGGCCUGCAUGUGGCGGUAUAGAAUGGAUUAUAGUCGGACAUCGUCAGGACCGAAAUAAAUGUCAGCUGUAUAUGGCAUUGUAUAACGGACUUCAUGAAGGGGUAAGUAGGCGUGUCGGUCAGGACUGGCCUGUAUGUUGCCUUGAAUAAGGCAAAUAAGUGGCGAAAUUGAAAGCCAGUCUCGAGGCAAUAGGAACCCAGAUGCGGUCGUUUAAAUUCAUCCGAGUCCAUCCGAGGAUGGGGCAAGGGAGAUGCGACCAGCAUCCUGAAAGGGGUCAGCAUCCUGAAGUUUUUUUCGGCCGGAUUACGAGCCAAAAGAGCGAAUGGACAAAAAAUUCAGGUCAAAAGGACAUUUCUCUGGCCGAAGGCCGUCAUUCGGACAGUCUAACCGAUGCAAAGAUGCCAGCUCCUGAGGCUGCUCGCACCAGUGGCCGCUGUCUAGAAAUCUAUUACACUAACUGUCAGAGUCUUCUCAACAAGCUAGAUGAACUCAGAUUACUAGCCUCUGAACAGAAGCCACACAUAAUUGUCCUAACAGAGACAUGGUUGACUGAGGAAAUAAGUAGUAGUGAAGUCAGUAUUGAAGGCUACCAACUGUUCCGUUGUGACAGAUUUCAGCGUAGAGGAGGAGGCACAGCGAUUUAUGUGUCAAAUGAAACUGCGUGCUGUCAACGAAAAAUAUCCGAUGGUGCGCCCCGAAAUUUUGAAAUAAUUUCAUGCAAGAUAUGUAUCAAACAAUUACCGACACUGAACCUGUGUGUUGUCUAUCGGCCUCCCAGCUCGAAUGAAAUCGCCGAUAUGGAAUUACUUAGUGUACUGGAGUUGUUGUGUAAGCAGGAGAACUUACUACUUCUGGGUGACUUCAACGCUCCAGGAAUGGACAGGAACAUUCCCCUAACAAACGCCCCGUCCAGGUCAUUUGACCACAAGCUAUUAGAACUCUCCCUGAAUUAAAACCUCAUUCAACACAUAAAAUUCGGAACAAGAAUGAGAGAAGGACGACGAUCUAACUGUUUGGACCUCGUUUUCAGUAAAGAAGAAGGACUCAUAAGAGAAGUGAAUCCACAACCUCCACUCGGUUUAAGCGAUCAUAUUGCUUUUACCUGCGUAUGCUCUCUCCUAUCCAACCAACAACCAAAAAUCAAGACGCGCAGAAAUAUUUGGAAGGGUGACUUUAACGCAAUGAGACGCAAUCUUUUGGAGGAAACCUGGUUGGUCAACACAGAAGAUUCAGACUAAUUCUGGCAGCACUUUCGCGGGAUUAUAGAGCGUCUAACUGAUUCCCGUUGUCCAAUAAAAAUGACAAGACCAUGUGCGCGACCGCCGUGGGUCAAUCCGACGACAAAAGAGACUAUGAAGAAGAAACAGAGACUCUGGAAAAAGUAUUUGCAACUUCGAGAUCCAAAGUCCUUCGUCGAAUAUAAGGAUCAGCACAAUAAAUGCCGCAGACAAAUACGGGUUGCUAGAACUUCUUCUGAGCGCCAACUGAUAGCAGAAUCCAUUACCUGUCCCAAGAAGUUUUACGGGUACAUCCGCAGUAGGAGGAAACAUAGGGACGAUAUCGCGUGUCUAAAGGAUAGCCUCGGAAACUUAUUAGUUGAAGGGCCGUAUAAAGUGCGAUUACUGUCUCAGUUUUUUCAGUCGGUUUUUACGAAAGAGUCCUCAGAAGACAAUCAGCAGUUUGAAAUGGACCGAGACAGCCGGGAGCUUCAAAUGCGCCAAGAUGUUGCCGUCAUUGAAACCGUCGCCUUUUCCGUCGAAGAAGUCAGACGCGUCCUCAGUCAAAUAAAACCUGAUAAGUCUCCUGGACCCGACGGAAUUCACGGGCUGAUACCUAAGGAUCUAUCAACGGCGCUGUCAAAGCUUCUUUCGACUAUCUUUGAGUUGUCAAUGAGAACAGGAAGGCUGUCCUCACAGUGGAAGACAGCAAACCUCGUUCCAUUGCAUAAGGGAGGUAGCAGGAUGGCAGCAAGCAGCUUUAGGCCUAUUAGCUUAACUUGCCUCCUUUCCAAAACGAUGGAAGCUCUAGUAAGGAGCGUUAUACAGCAAUUUUGUGAAGAAAAUAGCAUCUUGCAGGAUUUUCAACAUGGCUUCCGGAGAGGACGUUCCUGCAUCUCAAAUCUGCUAGCUUGUCUGGAGAUCUGGACCAGGGCCCUAGAAGAGGGUUUUGAGGUCGAUGUCGUGUACAUCGAUUUCCGCAAAGCUUUCGAUACUGUUCCGCACCAACGUCUUCUUCAUAAAUUGAGCGCCAUCGGCAUCUGGGGAGAUCUUCUGAACUGGAUUAGGGCGUUUCUGGUUGAUCGGAAACAACGUGUCUGUAUCGGAGAUGAUAUGUCAGAAUGGGUGAACGUGACCAGUGGUGUGCCGCAAGGCUCAGUUCUGGGACCAUUGCUCUUCAUCCUUUACGUUAACGACAGCCUUCAGGAACUCGACUGCAUCAAAAUAAUGUUUUCAGACGAUGUUAAGCUCUGGAAAGUCAUUAAGGGUCCGAAUGAUUAG